CCAUACAUGGGCAGUUGCUACAAGCCGGAAGUGCGUCGUCAGCGCACAUGACCGGAACUCCGUCACAUGAUCAGUGUUUUCAAAGAAAACUUGUAUCCAUUCACCCGGACGUGGCUGAGAUCCUGCGCUUUAUUACUAGUCUUAAGGAUUGCAGCGACCUGUUCUCAGUGAGAAGUCAUGAGACUUGUGAUUCUGGACGACUAUGAUCUGUCCAGCGAAUGGGCUGCAAAGUACAUCCGCAACCGGAUCAUCCAGUUCAAACCCAGCGCUGACCGCUACUUCACUUUAGGACUCCCAACAGGUAGCACACCCCUCGGCUGUUAUAGGAAGCUGAUCGAAUAUCACAAGAAUGGAGACCUGUCCUUCAAAUUCGUGAAGACCUUUAACAUGGAUGAGUAUGUGGGUCUGCCCAGGGAUCAUCCCGAGAGCUAUCACUCCUACAUGUGGAACAACUUCUUUAAACACAUUGACAUCGAACCCCAGAACACCCAUAUACUGGAUGGCAAUGCUAGCGACCUGCAGGCCGAGUGUGAAGCCUUUGAGCAGCAAAUUACUGCUGCUGGUGGCAUUGAGCUGUUUGUGGGAGGCAUUGGUCCAGAUGGGCACAUCGCCUUUAAUGAGCCCGGCUCCAGUCUUGUGUCCAGGACCAGAGUGAAGACCCUGGCCAAGGACACGAUAGUAGCCAAUGCUCGUUUCUUUGGGAACGAUCUUUCCAAAGUGCCCACCAUGACGCUCACCGUUGGAGUAGGAACAGUGAUGGAUGCCAGAGAGGUCAUGAUUCUGAUCACAGGGGCUCAUAAGGCCUUUGCCCUGUAUAAAGCCAUCGAGGAGGGUGUGAACCACAUGUGGACGGUAUCUGCCUUCCAGCAGCAUCCACGAACCAUUUUUGUUUGUGAUGAAGAUGCAACGCUGGAACUCAGGGUCAAAACUGUGAAGUAUUUUAAAGGGCUGAUGCACGUCCACAAUCAGCUAGUUGAGCCGAUGCUCAGCGUGAAGGACUACAUGGACUGAACACGCCAGACGGGACGUCUGGAAAAACGACAGAAAAAUCGGAAUGCCAUGAGUGGAAACUGGCCUCAGGGACCACAGCAGUUUUGAAUGGUCAUAAAGUGUUUAGAGGUCUACAUCAGCAUAAAAAGUAGAUGUUGUACAAAACGCCUCUGCUUUCCAUGGUGCCAUGUUCACGUACUCCAACUGGAUCUCUGUAUUAGCCUUUAUAAUUCACUUCUAAACUACUUCAAGGCCAGUAUUAACAGGAAAAGACCAUGUUUUAUGGAAAUUGUACUAAGAAACAUUCUUUAUUAACACUUUCAGCUGUUUACUGUUUUAUAUAACACUAUCACACUCCUUCACAUCACUAAUGAAAAAAAAAGCUUCUGUUACAGUGUACAUAUCAGUUGUAUUGUACUGUAGUUUAAUCAGGAAAUAAUGAAGGCCUGCAUUUAAAGCUGAGCAUGUGUUUUCACUGAUGAUGGAGUUUUUUUAAUAACACGCUGUAACACACAGCUACUUAAAGUUAACUUGAAUGUGGAAUUGAACUCCAAGGCAACUUAUUGAACGUGUUUUUUGGGAAUAGUUUUUUUUAGAUGUUACAUAAAUACACUUUAAAGUCUUUUCCUUAAAUUCUCCAAAUUUAGAAUCUCUCCCUAUACAUAUGAAACCUUGAGGAUUUCUGAUACCCACAAUCAUUUGUAGCGUCUUAUAUCCUGAUAAAUAUGAGUUAAUAGGUAGUGGAAGCUGAACUGCGAUCAGAAUUUCCUACUAAGUACAUGUAAUUUUAUAUAUCAUUAUCUUAAAUUUAUACAUUUCAUAAUCUUGCCUUUGAAUGAAUCCAGGUUACUUGCAGCAUGUAAAAGCCAGUGGAAAAUGCUGGAAAAGUGUAUUUCGUGUUUGCUUCUUCAUAUAUUAAAAAGGCUUUUAUUGGCACAUGUGAGUAGAGAAGUGUGUGAAUGCUUUUGAAGUUGACCAAUUUCACACGAUUGUGCAGUACUCAUGUAUUCUCUUUAGUUUCUGUUCUUUGUGAUAUACAGGCUAUUUCGUUUCUCAAAAAUAUAAGGCACGAGUCUGACAUUUAGCUUUCAUUUCAUCGCUUUCUGAGUUUGUGCUGAGUUUUUGUUUUUGGUGUUUCUAAACCCUCAUGUACUGUACUUUAGUGAAUGUUUUUGGAAGGAGAGUAUACAUUUUUAUGGAUUUACACAUUCCUUUCCAUUAAAUUGUUAAAAGAUCAUGUGAACUGACUGUUAACAGAUUUGCACUCCAAAAACCAAAUCAUCCUCUUGUGUCUUUCUGUACUCAUGAAUGGAUAAAUAAAAAAGUUGUGCCUCAAUAGUACACAAUUUGUACAGACA